AUGGGCGCCUGUAAUAGGAAACAAGAUCUAUGCAAAGAAGAUAAUAUACAUAAAAUUCAAUAUGAACUUCUUAAAUCUACUGAUGGUUAUGACAAAAUACCAAUUGUAACACUCGAACAAGCUGUUCUACCAUUGAUACCUUUAUUACCAACAAUUCAAACAUAUGUUCGUAUAGUAAAAGAAAAAUGUGAAAAUCCUGCUGAUAGAUUAACAUCUGAUGAAUCAGCUUCUAUUAUGCUUUAUUCAAUAGGAUGGCAACCAAUGAAUGAAUGUCUUUAUGUUGUUUUAAAUACUACAUUACAAUCUAUGAAUCGACAAAAUCUUAAACCAUGGUUUUUAUAUUUAAAACUUUUAUUUAGUGCUGUUAUACGUCUACCAUCAAUUCAUUUAAAUGUCUAUAGAAUUAGUAAAUCAGCUUUAAUUAAACAAUAUCAAAAAGAUGAAGUAGUUGUAUGGUGGGAUUUUGCAUUAUGUACAACUUCAAUUGAAUAUUUACAAACAGAAAAAUCUUUAGAUAAAUUAGAAACACGAACAAUAUUUACAAUUGAAUGUAAUACAAUUAAAGAUAUACGUAAACAUACUUAUUUUUCAACGGAUAAUUCAUUAUUAAUUUUACCUGGAACACACUUUAAAGUUCAUGAAUGUUUAGAACAAGAUAAUAAUGUUCAUUUAAUUACUUUACAAGAAAAUCAAUCAUCAUUUCUUUUACAAACUCAAACAUCGCAUAUUAAAUCGAAGAAUUUUUUAAGAAAAUUUUUGUUAUGUCAAAAAGAAUCUAAAAGAUUUUCAACAAGUCCAAAAACUUCAGUAUCUAAUAAUAGUUAUCGUAAUACAUCACUUGAACAAUUAAUAUUCGAAAGUGGUCGUGGUUGGACUGUCGAUUUAGAUGAACAAAAUAUAACUGAUCAAGAUAUAAAAUAUAUUGUUAAACAUGCUAUUAUUAAAAAUCGUUGUAAACGUAUUCGAUUACGAGAUAAUAAUAUAACAUCAUUAGGUGCUUUAACAUUAGCCGAAGGUUUAAAUAAUAAUAUAGCAUUAGAAACAUUAGAUCUACGAAAUAAUUUUAUAUCAGAUAUAGGCGUUAAAUCUUUAGCAUUAGCAAUUAUAAAUUCAAAUCUUAAAACACUUAAUCUUGAAUCAAAUGGUAUUACAACUGAAGGUGCACCAUAUUUAGCUCAAAUGCUUGAAAAUAAUCGAACAUUAACAGAAUUAUAUUUAUCAAAAAAUCAUUUAGGUGAUCGAGGAGUAGAAUUAUUAGCAAAUGUACUUAAUGAUGAGAAGAAAAAUCAUCAUGAUCAAGAUAAUAAAGGCGUACACAUGUCUAAUCCAUCGACUCUUCAACAUCUUUAUCUUGGUCAUAAUGAUAUAACCGAUAUUGGAAUGAAACAUCUUGCUGAUAUGUUAAAAACAAAUCGAAUGUUAACAUGGUUAUGGUUAUCUGGAAAUGAAAUAGGUAAUCAAGGAGUAGAAUUAUUAGCUGAUACUCUUGCUUAUCAUAAUAGUAGUCUUGAAUGGUUAUUUCUUAAUUCCAAUAAAGCUAUUAGUGAUCCAAGUGUUGAUGCUCUUGUACAUAUGCUUAAACGCAAUCAUUCUUUAAAAACAAUCUAUAUUAAUAAUUGUAAUUUAUCAGAAAUUGCUAAAAACAAACUUCAAGAAAUGAUAAAAUCAAAGAAAGAUUUUGAUUUAGAAGUUUGA